CAGCUCGAGCAAGCGAAAGCGCAGCUAAAAGAUGUCACAUUUGUGCUAAAGCAGAUCAGAGAGAGCUAUGAGACCCAGCGAACAGCCCGGCUGGUCGAGGAGAUUUGGGAAACGUCAGGGCGGGGGGAUUUCGCCGAGAUGCACCGAUUUAGGAUCCAGUACCAGGCGAACGGUCGCGGGCCCAAGCGCAGAUUCUUCUUUGCCCCUCGCACGCACUGGUCUGCCGAGCAGUGGGCGAACGAGCUGGCGAAGAGCCCGCGCGAAGGAGGCCUCAGCGCGCAGGUCAUAGAUUUGGACCAGCAGCUGCUAUAG